AUGAGUCAACAGCAGCCGCUGAAGAUACUGACCUUAGACGGCGGGGGCCUCCAAGCACUGGCGACAUUGAGCAGUCUGAACGCAGUCUGUAGGGCUAUUGCCAAUCAAAAUGGAGCUGAUCGGCCUCCUGCACCGCACGAGUUGUUCGACAUCAUUGCCGGUGUUGGCACGGGGGGCUGGAUUGCGCUGUUGCUUGGACGAUACUGUCUCGAUAUCACCACUUGCACGGCAUUUUAUAUGGAGAUCGCGACGAAAACCGACAUCAAUAUGAGUCAGUCGUCCUCGAGGAGGAAUCGCCCAUUCAAGUUGGAUCAGGACCGGCUCAUGACUGUCGUUGAAGAAACGCUCCAGCGAUAUGGCCUUGAUCCGUCUCUCAUGGCACGAAAGGGAGGCACUUCAGGCCUGGGAAGACGUCCCAAAGGCAGCAGAUGCAAAUACGCAUUUGCUGCUGGCGUAGUUCCACGGGGAGAAAAACAGGCUCCAACAUAUGCGUUGUUCAGGUCUUAUGAUGUCGAAGGGAACCCAAAAGACAGGUUGAUGGGGAGUCCGAACCCAGAAAGCUGUCAGGUUCCAGAAGUCUUUUGUGCUACUGGCGCCGCCAAAUUCUUCUUGAAGCCGUACAAAAUCGGAGACACUGUCUUCUUCGACGAGAUAUUCCCGCAGUCGCACCCGAUUUCCUCAUUGGCACUCGAUGAAGCACUCCGCAUCUACGGAACAGAUGUCGAAAUCUCAGUCCUGCUGAACAUUGGACCAGGCAUCCCCGUAGACAAGGACUGUGAGGAGCUCGAUCUCAUGUCUCUCGGACCUAUCAGUCGCCUGACCCGGAAGUUUAGUUGGCCUUUGGGCAGACGUCUCUCGCUGAAACAAAAAUUGCCAUUCGCCGAGAAGAGCCUCGAAGCGGCGCAAGAGGACCUCAAGCUCACUACUAGCCCAAGUGAAACCGCACUUAGGCUGGAAAGUCAGAGGCGAGAAGAUAUUCGGGCCAGACUGGGACGGAUGUACGGGACGCCGGGAGCUGACAAGUAUCAUCAUCUUGGACCUGCAUAUUCCGUGGAACGAGCUUCCCUGAAUGAUGUCCACGCCAUACGUCGGCCACAAUCUGGAUCUGGCGGCCUCAAAGAGCAGCGCAAAAUCGAGGCGGAAAAUGUCGUGAGGCAAGUCUGGGUGGGUGCUGCUGCAUAA